CCCAAUUACAUAGAUCCCAUCCAAACAGGCGCGCACAAAAUUUCCCUCCAUCGCAAUUUCCGCUUGGCCAGACAGAAAGGCGGAAGAAAAUGACAGAGAUUCAGGGGAACACCCAGAAAAUGUACAAACGGAAGACCCAAAGUAAGCUAUUAGUCUUCACCGGAGGCGCUGCUCUUCUCGCCGUAGCCGUGAAUCUUGCAAUCGUUGCCAUCUGCAAACGGAAGAAGAAGAAAGAACUUCCAGGAUUUGAGCUACGCCCCAAUCUUUCGGCAUCUGAGAUUUUGAAUCUGGCAGAUAAAAUUAUUGCGAAGUCGAAGAAGGUUCACGAUGCUGUUGCAUCGGUUCCCCCUAACAAGGUUACAUAUUCGAAUGUAAUUUCACCACUGGCUGAUUUAGAGGCUGAACAAUUUCCACUAGUACAAUCAUGCGUAUUUCCGAAACUAAUAUCUACUUCAGACGAUGUGCGCGCAGCAAGUGCUGAAGCAGAGCGGAGAAUAGAUGCUCAUGCUCAAAUGUGCAGCAAACGUGAAGAUGUUUAUCGAGUUGUCAAAGCAUUUUCUGCCAGAGGGGAGCAGACAAGUGCUGAACAGAAGUGCUUUAUUCAAUGCUUGGUUAGAGACUUUGAGCGGAAUGGCUUAAACCUUACUACAUCAAAAAGGAAAGAAUUGCUGCGAUUGAGGGUGCAAAUUGAAGAGCUAAGCCUGCGAUAUAUUCAAAAUCUGAAUGAUGAUGGUACAUUCAUCCCUUUUAGUGAAGCUGAAUUGGAUGGUUUACCAAAAGAAUUUUUUGAGAGUCUUGAUAAAACUGAAAAUGGUAAGUUUAAGGUGGUCAUGAGAAGCCAUCACACUGCGGUGGUAUUAGAACAUUGCAAGGUAGGCACGACAAGGAGGAUGGUGGCAAUGGCAUAUGGAAAGAGGUGUGGAGAAGUGAAUCUUUCUAUUCUUGAAAAUUUGGUUCAUCUGCGACACAAAUUUGCCCGCUUACAAGGGUAUUCAAAUUAUGCAGACUAUGCUGUUCAUUAUAGAAUGGCAAGAUCAUCUGCUAAGGUAUUUGAAUUCUUGGAGAACAUCUCUGAUAGUAUAACAGAUUUAGCUGCCAAGGAACUGGCCAGCUUAAAGAACCUAAAGAAGCAAGAGGAAGGGGAAAGUCCUUUUGGUAUCGAGGAUCUAUUAUACUAUGUCAAAAGGGCAGAAGAUCAAGAAUUCAACCUGGACUUUGUGACUGUUAAGCAAUACUUUCCAGUCUCUUUGGUUUUGUCUGGGAUCUUCAAGAUAAUGCAAGACCUCUUCGGAUUAAGGUUUGAGGAAGUGAUAGAUGCUGAGGUCUGGCAUUAUGACGUUAAGUUAUACUCAGUUUUUGAUCUAAACUCUGGUGAACUUAUUGGUUACUUCUUCCUUGAUCUAUACACAAGGGAGGAAAAAUACAUUCACACAUGUGUGGUGGCCCUUCAAAGCAGUGCAUUGCUAUCCAAUGGUACACGGCAGAUACCGGUGGCAUUACUGUUAUCUCAACUACAGAACGAUGUUGAUGGUCAUGCCGGGUUGAUGCGAUUCACUGAAGUGGUUAAUCUUUUUCAUGAGUUUGGCCAUGUGGUUCAACAUGUCUGCAAUCGUGCACCAUUUACUAGGAUCUCGGGGCUGCGUCUUGAUCCUGACUUCGUUGAGAUCCCUGCUCAGAUUCUAGAAAACUGGUGCUAUGAAAGUGUUUCUUUGAAGUUGUUAUCUGGCUUCCAUCAGGAUAUUACAGUACCCAUCAAGGAUGAAGUAUGUGAAUCACUGAAAAAAUGGCGACAUUCUUUUUCUGCGCUGAAAUUGAAACAAGAAAUUCUUUAUUGUCUUUUUGAUCAAAUUAUACAUUGUGCUGAAAAUGUCGACAUCAUUGAAUUAUUCAAGCAUCUCCAUUCAAAGGUAAUGCUAGGUUUGCCCAUGCUGGAAGGAACCAAUCCUGCUUCAUGCUUUCCAUGUAGUGCUAUUGGUUAUGAAGCUGCCUGCUACAGUCGUGUAUGGAGUGAGGUUUUCUCCGCUGAUAUUUUCGUCUCAAAAUUUCGUGGUAAUCUUUUGAACCAACAUAUUGGCUUGCAGUUCAGAAACAAGGUUUUGGCUCCAGGAGGUGCAAAAGAACCAAUUGAUGUUCUAUCGGACUUUCUUGGGCGAGAACCAUCGAUUCAAGCUUUUAUCGACUCUAAGGCUGAAUAUAGCUUGUGAGAUAGGAGGAAUUUUGGUAACAUCUUUCCUUACUUUCUUUUCACAACAGAAAGUUCACUCAGCGUUCUGCAAUUUUGUUUGUUUAUCAUGGACACAUAUUUUAACCAAAUCAUGAUCUCUCUUUACUUAUUUAAUCCCUUGAUGUUUCAUCAGUGUGAGUAGGUAUUAGUUUAGGUGGAUAGAAUUCAUAUUAUAAAGCACCCAUUUGAGUUCUUAGUCAAAUUUUUUGUUUUUUUUUUUAAAGUACUUUGCUUAAAUUUUAAAAAAACACUCAUAAAAUGACAACCAAACAAAAACCAAUAGGUAAAACUUUUAUUUAUGGGCUUAAUUUUCUAUAUAACCACUCCGUUUUACUAAGAAAACGAAUUAGGAGUAUUUCCCUAGCCUUCAGAUCGUUGGCCGUCUAGAGGUUUUCUUAUUAGGACAUCCUUUUCCACUUUCCUGUCACUUUAGCAGCAGCACGUGGUCAAAGUUAAGAGUUUAGCUGUAUCUGCUUUUUCGAAAUUUCCUUAAUGUGAAAUCUGAAGUGAUUGUUUAUGGUAUUAGUCAGAUUUCAUUGGCUCCUAUAUAUUAGGUUUCAUGAAGAAACCGUAUAACAAUUUCCUGGCACCCUUAUGAGCUGAUUGUAACAUUUUACAUUUUUGUGGAAAUUAGUGGGAACAGACCCAAUUGUAUUUGGUUCCCAUUUCCAUAAAUCGUAUAAUCAGUCAGAACCGACAGCCAUUUCAGUUGACUUCCAAUUUA